GAGCUUUUCUGAGGGGUGGGUCGGGGCCGGACUGGGAGAAGGUGGGAAAAGGCCGGGCGCCGUGGCUACCGCGCCUGGUGACCGGUGGCUCUGGAGCCGAGGUGGUUGCGCGAGGCAGGCCGGAUAGAGCGUGGAGGAAGAAGCUGGUGGUGCAGGAUGGCGGCUGCUGCCUACGAGCACCUGAAGCUGCAUAUUACACCUGAGAAAUUUUAUGUGGAAGCUUGUGAUGAUGGAGCAGAUGAUGUUCUUACCAUUGACCGAGUAUCCACAGAAGUCACCCUUGCAGCCAAAAAAGAUGUCCCUCCUUCUGCUGUUACCAGACCAAUAUUUGGGAUACUGGGCACAAUUCAUCUGGUGGCAGGUAAUUAUCUUGUUGUCAUUACCAAAAAGAUGAAGAUAGGUGAAUUAUUCAAUCAUGUAAUUUGGAAAGCCACAGAUUUUGAUAUCCUCUCUUAUAAGAAGACAAUGUUGCACUUGACUGAUAUUCAGUUACAAGAUAAUAAAACUUUCCUAGCAAUGCUGAACCAUGUCUUGAGUAUGGAUGGAUUUUACUUUUCAACUACAUAUGACUUGACCCAUACUUUGCAGCGGCUGAGCAACACAAGUCCAGAAUUUCAAGAAAUGAGUCUCUUGGAAAGAGCAGAUCAGCGAUUUGUAUGGAAUGGGCACCUGCUCAGAGAACUGACUGCUCAGCCAGAGGUCCACCGGUUUGCUCUUCCAGUGUUACAUGGCUUUAUCACCAUGCACUCAUGUUCUAUUAAUGGAAAGUACUUUGAUUGGAUUCUCAUUUCCAGGAGGAGUUGUUUCAGAGCUGGUGUGCGCUAUUAUGUAAGAGGGAUUGAUUCUGAAGGCCAUGCAGCCAACUUUGUGGAAACAGAGCAAAUUGUGCACUACAAUGGGAACAAGUCUUCAUUUGUGCAGACCCGAGGAUCAAUACCUGUUUUCUGGUCACAAAGACCGAAUCUCAAGUACAAACCACUGCCACAGAUCAACAAAGUAGCAAAUCACAUGGAUGGUUUCCAAAGGCAUUUUGAUUCACAAGUAAUUAUUUAUGGAAAACAAGUCAUAAUCAAUCUGGUGAACCACAAGGGCUCAGAGAAGCCACUUGAGCAGACAUUUGCAACAAUGGUGUCUUCCUUGGGAAGUGGGAUGAUCAGGUACAUUGCCUUUGAUUUCCAUAAGGAAUGUAAAAAUAUGAGGUGGGAUCGACUAAGUAUUUUAUUGAACCAGGUAGGAGAAAUACAGGAUGAAUUAAGUUAUUUUCUAGUAGACUCUGCUGGCAAGGUGGUGACAAACCAGGAAGGUGUGUUCCGCAGCAAUUGCAUGGAUUGUCUAGAUAGAACGAAUGUGAUCCAGAGUUUAUUAGCUCGACGCUCGCUUCAGGUCCAGCUUCAGAGACUAGGAGUUUUGCAUGUGGGACAGAAGCUUGAAGAACAAGAUGAAUUUGAGAAGAUGUACAAAAAUGCUUGGGCUGACAAUGCAAAUGCUUGUGCCAAACAAUAUGCCGGAACUGGUGCCUUGAAGACAGACUUUACCAGAACUGGGAAGAGAACUCAUUUGGGACUUAUAAUGGAUGGCUGGAACUCACUAUUGCGUUAUUACAAGAAUAACUUCUCUGAUGGAUUUAGACAAGAUUCCAUAGACUUAUUUCUUGGAAACUAUUCAGUGGAUGAAUUAGAAGCACAUAGUCCUUUAAGUGUUCCAAGGGACUGGAAAUUCCUGGCUUUGCCUAUUAUUAUGGUUGUUGCCUUUUCAAUGUGCAUUAUCUGUUUGCUUAUGGCUGGUGACACGUGGACAGAAACACUGGCAUAUGUACUCUUCUGGGGAGUGGCAAGCAUUGGGACAUUUUUUAUUAUUCUUUACAAUGGAAAAGAUUUUGUUGAUGCUCCUAGAUUGGUCCAGAAAGAAAAGAUAGACUGAAUUUGUGUUUGUGGAAAGCGGCUUGGCCUGGAGGAUUCCAUGAUGCAGAACUGGAGUCUUUACUGACCCGCUUUCCACAUCAGCUUUGUUCAGAAGCACCUCUCACGCUGUGCUGGGUGAUUAGAAUCUGAUGUAUUUCUGCCUUGAUGGUAUCUUUACUAUUGGGGAUGGCUAUAUUUAUAAUAUGAAGCGACACUGUAAUUGAAAUGUUACCUGAAUUCAGCUCAUGAAACAGAAAGAAUCUAUUCACCGUCAGCUUAAUCAGCUCUUCACAGAUAAGUAAUAUAUUUUAAAAAAUUUAGCUUCUUUCAUUAUUUAAAACAGUAAAAUUAUUUUUCUAGCUUUCAUUAUCACUAUAGAAGCACUCACUGUUAGCAGGCAUAUUUUUCCAUCCAUCCUUGGGCUUUUCUUAGAUGUUUGAUAACAAGAUCAUUCUGCUAUGUUCGUAAAAUGUCUCUUGCAGAUACCAAGUAGUUUGGUGAGAUAGUCUCAGACUUCCCAGCAGGGAAGAAGAGGAUGGAGUCUGGAGCUGUGUGAAACUUCCAGUGUCACCUCUUAGCUUCAGUCUGCUUGAGCUGCUGCAGAGCCCCAGCAGUUUGUCUUAUGAAACUUCAGAUCUACUUUAUCUUUUUUUAAAGGUAUAAAUGAAAUCAAAGAAUGUAAAGCCUUUCUCUUAUGCUAAAGGUCCAAAGCCUCUUUUCAAUGACUGCCUCAUUGUAGAGAAUACAGUAGGCCUGCUGCUUCUUUCUGUACAUUAAGGUUUCUUUGAUGGUUACUCCUCGAGACUUGCAGGCCUUUGAAAGGGUCUUACUCUAGACUUAAUGUUGCACUUGGAGCAACAGCUGCUUCUCUAUGCACAGUGCUGUUGCUUUUCACUCUAUCAAUACGUGUCUGAAAUUAAGUGCUUCCAGGUAGUUAUAGUUCUCCAAAUCAAGGACCAACUUCAACUUUUAUUUAUGUGCAGAACAAACCUGAAAACUACACUCUUCCAAAGCUGUGCAUAGUUGCAAUUGUAAGUUGGGUUGUAUAUUCAAGUUGUAAUUAUGAGGUUUAGCUAUUAGAACAGUAUAUAAGGUAGUAUCAUUACCACUAUCUUAAAACAAUUCAGUUAAACACUGCUACAAUAUUUCAGUGUUUUGCUUGAAAGUGUUUUUUUCUUAUGUUGUCCUUAAGUAUUUCUAAAAGCGCCUUUAUUUUAACAUUACUUUUUUCAACAUUACCUUCUAUAAACAUUAAUAAGAGUUGUUGCUUUUAGAAACUCUAAGGGAAACACUAGCCAGGAAAAUCCUUUGUAGCUUAAAAUCAGUUAUUAAAACACACAAUAGGGUAAGAAACAGAGCCACCUAUUCUUACAUGUAAAUAGCAUAAUUUGUUCCAAAGAUGAAUUCUUGAAGCUUAGCUCACAUCUGCUAUAAUAUAGUGUUCAGAUGCUUUUGGGCAUUUCACAGCACUCACUAUCGAUGGUUAUAGCAAAGACCAAAUCUGAACUGCUAAUGUGGCUGCUUUGCAAGGAAUAGACUAACAUUGGUGUGGUAGGUCAUAAGUGAUUGAUUCCAGAGCCCUGAAAUGAUUUUAUUUCUUAAUUUGUGUACUGUAUGUCCAUAAGCAAAAAUAAAAUGUAAUAUUCUUUUCUAA